AUGGACCCCAUGUCGACAGACCUAGUGGCCUACCACGCCAGGGCCAGUCCCGAAAACCCAGCCGCAGUUGACAUAGCGACGGGCCGCUGUUGGUCCUACCGCCAACUUCACCAUGACAUCAACAAGGCCUGCUCGGCCCUCACUGCUCAAGGCGUGCAGCAAGGCGACCGCGUCGCUGUGGUGGCGGCCAACAGCGUCUUCGUCGUCAUCCUGCAGCAGGCACUGAUGCGGCAGGGCGCAAUCAUAGUUCCCCUGAACUGGAGACUGUCGGCGUCUGAGAUUUGUUCCCUGGCCGCGGACUGCUCGCCAAAGCUGCUGUUCUGGGAUGACACGCUAGGCCUGGCCUGGCAGGACUUUGAGCGCCAUCUUCCAGCAGCGUGUCGCCGGAUGGACCUGCAAGAUUUCAUCGCGAGCGUCGACCAGUCGACCCUCCCCGCCGCGUCCGCAGCACCGCAGCAGGAAGCAGACGACGACGGGGCAGGGUUCCCCGACAGGACGGCGGCCAUCGUCUACACGUCGGGCACGUCGGGGAGGCCCAAGGGCGUCAAGAUCACGCGGCGCAACAUGCUCGCGACGGCCGUCAACUACAGCGUGCUGGGCCGGGUGGAAGCCGGGUCGGUGCUGCUGUGCGACGUGCCGCUGUUCCACCUGGUCGGGCUGGCCGUGUGCGUGUGGAGCAUGCUCCUCCGGGGCGGGACGGUGGUCAUGUCGCGGCGCUUCGACGCGGCGUCGACCAACGAGCGGCUCGCGUCGACCGCGACGGCGGUGACGCACUACUUUUGCGUGCCACAGAUGGCCGACUCGCUGCGCAGGGCCGCCAACUUUGCGCCGGGGCGCUGGGCGGCCCUCGCGGCCGUCUUCACCGGCGGCGCCCCCAACCCGCCCGCCCGCGUCCGCUGGUGGCUCGACCGCGGCGUCAACAUGGUCGACGGGUACGGCACCACCGAGGCUGGGCAUUUCCUCGGCAUGCCGCCGCUGGACGAGCAGGUCAUCAGGCGAAAGGCCGGGUCCGUUGGGCUCGCGGGCCCCAUGACGCACGUCGAGAUCGUCCACCCGGACACCGGAGUGCCUGUCCUGCCCGGCGAGCCCGGGGAGAUUGUCGCGUCCGGCAUGAGCGUCACGCCUGGGUACUGGGGCCACGCGGGUCCGGAUGGAGGUCUCGAGGUCCUGGAGCGUGGGCCGGACCGAGGAGUCGCGGGGCGCUGGUAUCGCACGGGGGAUAUUGCUCGCCGGGACGAGGACGGCUUCGUCUACAUCAUCGGCCGCCGCAAGGACAUCUUCAUCACCGGGGGCGAGAGCGUCGCGCCCGCCGAGGUGGAAGCGGCCUUGAUGCAGCACCCGCUGGUGGCCCAGGCUGCCGUCGUCGGCGUUCCCGACUCGACAUGGGGAGAGGUCGGAUACGCAUGGAUUGUGUUGGAGCAAGGCGUCCAAGAGUCGUCUCGUCCGCCGCAUGAACAUCUCGUAUCAUUUUGCAAAGGACUAAUAGGGAGAUAUAAGAUCCCGAAGCAUUUCAGGUUUACUGAAAGCCUGCCACGGACAGGGUCGGGAAAGAUUAUGAAGCAUGUGUUGAAGAAGAAGCUUGAAUCAGAGGGGUUUGGGAGGCCAGUCAUGGUGAAGGAGGAUCAAUUGACGGGAACUACAAAGACGCUAUCAUGGUCUACUGUAUAA